GCAGAUAGCGAGCCACCGCGCCGAGGUCGGCGGCGGUAGCUGAGGGUGUCCCCGACCCCCGGCAGUGCCGCGCCGACCCGGUCACCGACAGCACGUGUUUUGGCGAGGGAGCGACUCUUGCGCCGUCGACCACGCGGCGACCGGCACUCAGCGCGAGCGGCGAGACUGGGACACGAGGCAGACGAGAAGCCUGUUGGGAGUGACGAAGAACUGGAGAGGAGGGUGCGGCGAGGCGAGAGCACGCCAGGUUCGGAUGGAGUAGUGAGGACUGGUCUGCAGUCAAACAGGUCGCCACCAUGGGGGUGGGCUGCAGCCGAUGCUGUUCCGACAGCCGGCACAGCUCCCUGGCGCCGUCCACCAUCCCUUCCCAGCGGCCGUCGGGCAACGGCUCGGCAGGCAGCGGCGCGUCCUCCUACGAACAGGAGCGCGAGGAGGCGCUCCGCCUACUGCGGGACGAGUUCAAACGGCGGCCCACCGUGUUCCUCAUCAGCCAGAUUCUGAUGUCGGUGCAGUUCUUCAAGAACUUUAACAGGGACAAGUUGAGGAUAUUGCAGCUAAAGGAGGAAAAAGAAGAAGAGCUAAACAGGGCCUUGCAGAAAGACAAAAAAUCGGCCGCCUAUCUAGGAUCUCCCUAUGAGGUGAUUGGGGAGGUAAUGGCGUACUGUCGCAGGGACGGUGACGAGCCGUGUCUGGGACACGACCUCGAAUACCUCAUCAUGCACGACUCGAUCGCCGUGAGAACGCCGUCGGAUGAGCUCAGUCCUGAGGAAGAGGCUAGGACAUACCAGUUCAUCAUGCAGCGCUGCAGGAGUGAGGGCUACACCCGACUCCGUCAGACGGGUCGGAUCCCGGCACCGACCAUCCACCGGUCGCGCCUCUCCGAUAUAAAGAGCCGCGAGUGGUCGCACCAGUCGCCGCUAAAAGAGUCUGAGACGGAGCCGGGCGCCAAGGACCGGACGUCAUCGGGUAGCGCCGCCAGCCCGGAGCGCACCCCUGACGCCGAAGCCGCCCCACCAGCGAAAGAACGGCAGGGUGCGGCAGUCGAGAAAUCUGGAGCGAAUGCCACCCCUGUAGGGAGCCCCAGCGGCUCCACUGACCGGGAAGGCAAGGCCAAGAGCGCGGCUGGCGCAGCCAAAGAGGCGGCGUUAGGUGAUCGACGACGCUCCCGCGGAGCCGACUCGUCUGGUGACGACUCCGAGGGUACCUCAUCCAGCAGCUUAGCCAGCGCCGCGGGAAAGAGACAGGUUGUUGCUGAGCCGAGCGCAAACCAUCAAGGCGAGGGACAAAAGUUCCUGGAAAACCUGAAGAGAAGAAUGAACGGAGAUAUGAAAGCUCGGGUCAACCUCAGUGACGAAGAGCCGAGUGACGAGGCUGAAAACAGCGCUGCACAAAAACCGACGCUCACUAUCACAGACGAAAGUGGCGCAGAUCGCAAAAUGUCCUCGGAGCCUGAGUUGACAUCAGCCGCGCCCCAGCAGGGGGACAAGUCCCAAGGAGCCGCUGGCCACCCUGCGCAAAACGGACCGGAGCCGGCUGAUGGUUCCCUUGCGAGCGGCAGUCAUAUGACGAGCCACACCGCACCCUAUGGCCAGCCCUUCCCGGGUCAGGGAGCACCCAUGCCGGGACAAAGGGCUCUUAAAGAUCCCAACGCCCAUUUCCCGGGCCACGUGCCACCACACGUUCCUUUCGGCCACUUCCCUCCACCGAUGGGUGGAGCCGUACCUUAUCAUAUGCACGGAGUCAUGCCGGGAUACCCUCAGCCAACUCCAGAGAACCCUUUACCAUUAAUGAUGCACCCGGCCGCGCCGCACUUCGCGCAGUUCCAGCCGGGGAUGAGCCCCUACCAGCAGUUUGUCGGGCCCUACCCGAUGGCCUCACCGCCUGUCGGCUGGUCUCCGGAGCAGAUGAUGCUGGGCAGCCAGCAGCCCUACAUGCCGGGAGUACCGCUCGCCAACCAAAACCCGGCCGUCGGCUUCGGUAUGCCCGGCAUGCCAGGCCAGCCGGUGCCUCCUGGCUACCUUGGCGCAGGCCAUCCCUACAUGCAUCCGGCACCUAUGUCCGCGGGACAUCACCUAAAUACUAUCUCCGAGGGCCGAGCCAACACCAAGCCGCGACGGGCGGCCGCCGAGGCGAAGCGACACACAUCCGAUGUCAGUUCUAGCCACUUGAUGCCGCCAUCACAACACCACGGUAGGCGAAAGUCGCGCUCCAAGUCGAACGCCAGUCUGCUGGCGCCGGUCGACAGCCGUCGCCAGUCUACCUCCAGCAGCACGAGCCGGCUCUCGUUCCUCGACUCCACCACCACCGACGAAGAGGGCGACACGCCCGGUCUCGUGCCCCAUCACUGCUUCAGGAAGUUGCGGAUGCGCGUCGACACCGGCGACGACGAUGACGAAGAUGUGUGGCACGAGCCCCACUACGUAACGCACCGCUUCCUCUCGUCAGAGCGCUUCCUCGGGGUGUUCGCCGACCGGUUCGGCGAGCUGGUUCAGCUGAUGGCACGCGACGCGUGGCUGCAGCACGGCGGCCGUGGCCUUCUCAACGGUGCGGUAGUCCAGUGUCGCGAGGUGCUUCCCUCUGGCCUGCGCACAACGGCGCGCAUCACCGCCACACUGCAGGUCUCCAGCUGGCCGUCUGAGCACGCCUUCGAGUGGGCACUGCGCAAGCGAACCGAGCUGAUCGACGCACGCAACCAGUGGCGCUUCGUGUGGCCGCCGCAGCGAGUGGUGCAAAACGUCCUCCAAGAAGUUGGCUGCAACCUCGUGCCGCUGGCCAGCCAGAAGGGCCGCGCCGCCGAGCUCGAGUGGGAGAUCGCCUUCCAGCAGGCAGAGAUCAAGCUGAUCAGCUCGCUCGGCCUGGUGCACGUGCACUGCUGGGCGGCGGCCAAGCUGUUCUUCACGCACUUCCUGUCCGAGUUUGGCUGCCUGCAGGAGCGCCACAUCCGCCAUCUCAUGUUCUGGCAGUUCGAGAACAACUUCCGCGACUGGCGUCUGGAGGGACUGGGCGCCACGUUUGUCGGCCUGCUCAGUGCGCUGAAGGAGAGUGUGCGCGAACGCCGCCUCGAGCACUACUUCAUCCGCAAGCGCAACCUUCUGCAGAACGAGAGCACUGGGGACCUGGUGAGUGCUCAGGAGAAGAUACAGCGGGUGAUGGAGAACCUCCUACCGAACAUCAUCAUCCUGAUGAGCCGCCUGCAAAUCAGGAACAAGGCGUUCCCGACCCUCGACUGGCAGAACCUCUACGACACGCUUCGCAUGUCAACUACAGACAUCAUGAAGAAAUUGAUUCCGGAGCUGAGCAUCUCACCGGAUGGAGAACUGGGCAAUCACCGCGACUCGCUCGCGUUUAACCCAGCACAGCAUGUCGACGAUGAGGAGGAGGAUGGAUGGAUCAUCAGCCGCCGCCAGCAGAUGGAAGAACGCUACCGCCAAUGGCAGCGAGAACAACAAAAGCUCAAGAACAAAAAUCGGCGGGAGAGAAGGAACAGGGCACAAGCAGCGCCAGGUAAGCCCUUGCCAGAGUUUGCUGGACCCCGUGACAAGCUCUACACGUUGGGCGAUGGCUUCCAGCCUCGUGUCGAGAUGGUGCUCAGUCUCUUCAUCCGGCACUUCAACGCCAUGGCCGAGAGACUCAUUGAGCACGAGAGCAUCUAUACGGCGCUGGCGUACAUCGACCACAGUCUGAACCUGUGCACCUUGCUCAGCGAAGAGGGCGGCGCCACCGAGACUGCCGAAGAGCUCCGCGAGAAGGUGCUGGAGCUCCAGGCGGCGGCGAUUGCUAAGCUUCCUGCACCCAGCGAGAGUGUCCCCCAAAUCGACCCUGACCUCCUGCAGAUGGCUUCUGGAAGUGGACGAGCUUCCCAAGAUCAUAGCAACUGGACCGUCGGUCCAGAGAAGGGUCCUGCCGCGCGGCGCGACUUCAAUCGGGAGGCGGCUACGGCUACCGCUGGCGACAUGGCCGAGUGGCAGGCGCAGGGCGGCGUGCGGCCAGAGACCGAGGGAGGCGACCAGGCCGAGCGAACCGGCAGCGGAAGCCUCUUCGACGGACCGGCGCUGUUCGGAGAGAUGCGCGUCAACCCGGCCUUCGUCGAGGACCAGCCGAAGGCGGAAGAGGACGGCGCAGAGUCUGACGAUGCCGAGGUAUCUAGGAGCGGGCUACGGACAUCUCGGGGAGAGGCUGAUGGGAGCGAGGACCUGGACGAGAGUCGGCGAGGAGCCGCCGUCGGCAGGAGCAGGAGCGGGUCACGAGGCAGCAGCGGUCAGGCGAUCGACGAAGGGGAAGAGGAAGACGAAGACGACGAGGAGGGGGGCGAUGAGGAUGAGAAAAGCGGAACUGAAAACGACGAAUCGACAGAUGAGGAUGAUGAUGCCGAGGACAGCGAGGACACAAAAAUGUAAGUGGGCCAGACUUGCCACUGUUUUCGGCAGUGAAAGUGAUGCAUCACAUCCAUCUCUAGUGGUUUUGGAUGAUUCCCCUGCCUUGUGUUCGGACCGAAAGCGCGAACACUGAGCUACUGUCGCCGACCUUGCUCAAGUCAGCGUCGCGCUGAUAAGCUGUAACAAACCGAUCAAAAGAGCUUUCCGCGCCCAUGACGGGCAAUCCGUAUCAGUCACACACGGACAGUAGCAUGGCAUGCCAAGGAUAGUGUGGUCGCGUCGGUGAGAUGAAAUAUCACCCACAUAGGGCCACGGCAGGCUUUCGCCCAGUGGGAAGGCGAAACCCAGUGAUACUAACUCUUUAUUGGCGGCUAGUGCGACGGUCUGCCGACUUACUGGCUAGUGAAGCGUUCCACGUAUAUGUUUGUGCGAGUGGGUGAGGAGGGGUGACGAGGGGUGAGAAGGGGUGGCGAUUAGAACCGGUAGAAGGGUGACAGCACGAAGUGUCAGAGCUAGUGACUAGGUGCACUCUCGUUGAUCACUCCCCCGCAUGACCGGGGCUGGUGAGCAGCGGUGGACCCGGAUGUUCUUGGUGGUCGCCCAGGACGAUAGUCCAAUACUCAUCCCGCUUACCGAGCGCUGUGAUACGGUAUCUGGGCGAGGAUUUGGCCCGGACCGACCAUGUCGGCAAGGUUUUCGAGCACGUAGUGUGUGUGUGCACGGGCAGAGCGAAUGGCACCGACGAUUCCCCGGGCCACAUGCAGACCAGUGUUGCUCAAGGUGAAGCACUAUCACAGGAUUUGGGGCGGCUGGCCUGCUCCCCAAUCACGCCCAAAUAGAAGCGGUGCGAUAUGCUAUCCGUAUAUUUAUGUUACAAUGUUAUGCGUUCUACCAGUGGCGUAGGAACAAACAUGCAUUUGUAUAUAACGCAAUUAUUUAAAGUGAUGUUUACAAAAUAAAUGAACAAUGACAAACA